AUGGCUGGGCUCCUGGGGCUCCAGCUUCUCCCCAUGCUCCUCGUGCUCCCCCGCAACCUGGCUGCCCAAGAGGUGUGGCAGUCCCCCACCUACACGAUCGCUUUAGAGGGGGACUCUGUCAACAUCACCUGCUCCAGCCGGGGGCCCCUGCUUGGCCUCUACCUGAAGCAAAGGUGGCCGAACUGCAGCAACGUGAUUUACUAUGAAAACGGGAAGGAGCCCACCGUGGACCAGCGGUUCCAGGGCCGCGUCACCUUCUCAGGGCUGCAGUACAACCUGACCAUCAGCAUGCACCACCUGCAGCUGGCCGACACCGGUGACUAUGCCUGCCAGGCCAUCAUGAAUGACGAGGUCUGGGGCCCCGGGACGUUGGUCGUGGUGACAGAAAAACUGCCCCAAACAGUGAACACGUGCCAGGAGACUCAGCUGAUACACUUUGCCCUCCCCACGGCCCUGGCUAUGGGCUUCUUCCUCGUCGGACUAGGGCUGGGAGCCGUGUGUGUGCUGAGAAGGACACAGAUCCAGAAACUUUGCUGUGCGAAGGAAAAGAACUCGGUGUGCGUGAUCUACGAGGAUAUGUCCCACAGACGCUGUAACACCACGUCCAUCCCCAACCACUACCAGUGA